GUGCAGUUUUUUGUUCAUGGUCCUUCGAGCCGGAUACAACAGUGAUUGGAGAAAACGAAACCAUCUGGAAGCAGUAGUGGCGCCCCCUAGUGUUAGUGUGCAGAAGUUAAUAAGUGUGGUGUGUAAGUGUAAAGGUCACUAAAACUGUAAGUACUUUGAAACUUUACCUAACAAAUUUGAAGUUUGAACUCUAGUAAAAUUACUCAGUGAGAAAUUAAGAUAGUGCAUGGACUUGUAAAAUAAUUAAGGCAAAAGUGGUUGAGACGGGGAAUCCAUGCCCGAUUUUGCCUAAGUCGAAGUUAGUACACCAAAGACUUAGAAAAAUUUGUGAUUUGCUAAUUGAAAAUCUUACAAGUCUAUAUUAUUAUUGGGACUUAGAAAAAUCACGAUCACAAUGCAAUCACUUAUAAGAGUACAGAAAGAUAUUAACAAAACACUAAAAAGAGCUUAUACCAAUUUUAAGAAAACACCAAAAGAUAGAAUUUCAGAAAGUUAUUUGGAAACCAGAUUGGAACAAUUGGAAAAGCAAUGGUCAACAUUUGAAGAGACACACAAGAACUUAAUAGGUAAUUAUGGUGAGGAAGAUUAUGAUGAAUCGGAGUACAAUUUAAAAGAUUUAUAUGGAGAGACAGAAGAUUUAUAUAGUGAAUACAAAAUUGAUAUUAAGGAAAAAUUGACUAAAUUUAAAAAUAGCUUUUUAGUUACGAGUGACCUAGUAAGCAACAAUUACAGUGAAGUUAAAUUACCGAAAAUAACAAUACCUAUCUUUUCUGGCCACUACUCACAAUGGAACACAUUUCGUGACCUGUUUCAAUCAUUAAUACACAGCAACAAAUCGUUGCAAGCAGUGCAAAAGUUGCAUUACCUUAAAAGUUACCUGACUGGUGAAGCCGAGCAGUUGUUACGACAUCUGCCGGUUACAAGUGAAAAUUAUGAACUAUGUUGGGGUAUGUUGGAGCAACGUUUUAAUAAUAAGAAAUUUAUUACUAAUAGUAUUUUAAAAAGAUUUUUUUCUCAAAAGAAUAUUGUUUCUGAAUCUUCUAAUGCUGUCAAAGAAUUAUUAGAUACCACAAAUGAAUGUUUAAAUGCAUUGAAAAAUAUAGGAAUAGUAACUGACAAUUGGGAUGUUAUUGUUUUAUAUAUUUUAAGUUCAAAAUUAGAUAACAAGUCUAGAGAGUUAUGGGAAACUAAAAUUUGUAAUUUAACAGACGAAUUGCCAACAUUAAAUCAAUUUUUAGAAUUUUUAGAACAUAGGUUUAGGUCACUUGAAUUUUUAACAAACAAACCAGUCAAAAGUACUCAAUCUCAUCAUGUAACUUUUAAUGAAAAAUCAAAUUGUGUCUUUUGUUCUGAUAGUACGCAUAAAAUAGGAAAUUGUAAGAAAUUUGCUAAGGGUAACCUUAAAACACGUCGUGAGUUUGUUCAAAGUUCCGCCUUGUGCUUCAACUGUUUAGGUGCUAAUCAUUCGGUUGUGGCGUGUCGUUUGCCCACCAGGUGUAAGAUUUGUAAACGAAAGCACCAUUCACUUUUGCAUUGCAACGCUAGUGUAUCAACAGAUAAUGUAUCAGCUAACAACCAAUCACCAGAAGAUAUCAAUGUUGUUGCAAUGGCAACAACAUCGAAACCAGACGAGACCAAUAUUGAAAAUAUUACCACUUGUUUUUCUAACACCAGAAACCAAGUUCUAUUGGCAACAGCCCUAGUAAGGGCCAGAAAUAACUCUGGAUCAAGUAUGACACUGCGAGCCUUAUUAGAUCAGGGCUCACAGGCUUCAUUUAUUACGGAGUCUGCAGUCCAGUUACUGGGGCUAAAGAAAAUCAAAAGCAACAGUGUCAUAUCUGGAGUUGGAGGUGACGGCAAUGCCCCACUUGAUUCCAAGUAUGUAGUUCAGAUUAAUCUGCAAUCAAUUCAAGAUGAAUCAUUUACUAUUUGUGUAAAAGCUCAUGUUCUUAAAAAACUAACUUCAUUCCUCCCUGUAAAGGAAUUCGUUGUCCAUCUGUGGCCAAAUCUACCAAGAAUGAAGUUAGCUGAUCCAAAUUUCAACAAACCAAGUAAAAUUGAUAUGUUGCUUGGUGCUGAUGUCUAUUGUCAAAUAAUAGCUGAGGGUCUAAUGAGAGGACCACCAGGAACACCAAUAGCUCAGAACACAAAGCUAGGUUGGAUCUUAUCUGGAAAAAUCGAGAACGAUCAUCACGAUCAACAUGGUUUGGGUUGCGAAAACAUAUUAACAAUGUACACUCAAAUUAACAAUGAUGAUUUUAACCUUAAACAAUUUUGGGAACUUGAAUCUGAUAGCUUCAACCUGAAAAGAACUCACCUCACUCCUGAAGAACAAAGAUGUGAAGACAUCUAUAAAGAAACCACGACGCGAGAUCUAUCAGGAAGCUAUGUCGUUAAACUCCCAUUCAGAGAUGUCGAUCCGAGCUGCAAAUAUGGUAAUUCGCGUGAGGUAGCAAUUAAACGAUUUUUAAUGUUAGAAAAGCGUUUAUUAAAUUCACUAGAUUUAAAGAAAUCAUAUACAGAGGUAAUAUCAGAAUAUUUGAAGUUGGGACAUAUGGAGUUAGUACCUACAGAAGAAAUUUACAAAAAAGAAACGGUUUACUUACCUCAUCACGCGGUCGUUAGAGCUGAUAAAUCGACUACUAAAAUCAGAGUUGUUUUCGAUGCAUCCUGUCGAGACCAGAACGGUGUAUCUCUGAAUAGUGAUUUGAUGGUCGGACCGUCGCUACAGCCUGACUUACGUCACAUUGUUUUAAGAUGGAGGCUUCAUCCUAUUUGUCUGGUGGCCGACAUAAUCAAAAUGUAUCGUCAAGUGAAGGUAACAAGAGAAGAUGUAGAUUAUCAACGUUUAGUGUGGCGCACAGACCCUACAGAAGAUUUACAGCAUUUUCGCCUUUUACGUGUCACUUUUGGUACUGCGUCCGCUCCUUACCUUGCCGUUCGAACUUUGCAGCAGGUAGCACACGAUGAAGGAGGAGAGUAUCCCGCCGCAUCUGAAAAAAUCUUAAAGGAUUUUUACAUGGAUGAUUUGCUUACUGGGUGUGAAUCAGUUUCAGAAGGUAAGCAAUUAUUUAACGAUAUUACCCACCUACUAAAUGCAGGUGGCUUCGAACUCCAAAAGUGGUCAAGCAAUGAUGAAAAUCUGCUAAAGGAAAUAGAUAAAGAAGAUUUAGACUUAGAUAUUAAUGUAGAACUGAAAUCAAAUGAAAUAGUUAAAAUUUUAGGACUUACCUGGAACCGACGAACCGAUGAAUUCGAAUACUCCGUGCAGCUACCGCCGAUCAGCAUACCUGUAACAAAAAGAAAGGUUAUAUCGGAUAUUGCAAGGCUAUACGACCCAUUAGGAUGGAUAGCUCCAGCAAUAGUAAAAGCAAAAAUAUUAAUACAAAAAUUGUGGCUUUCAGGCAUCGGAUGGGAUCAAGAAUUACCAAAUAAUUUACUUGAUUAUUGGACUACUUACCGUGUGGAACUCCUGGAACUUACCAAAUUUCGUCUCCCACGCUGGAUAAGUACUAAAGUAGAUGUCACACUGGAGCUCCAUGGGUUUAGCGACGCUUCAAAUGAAGCUUAUGCUGCUGUAAUUUAUGCUCGAGUAGUUGAUGGCUCCGGUAAUGUUCAUGUCCACCUGAUAACGUCUAAAACAAAGGUAGCACCAAUCAAACAAGUUUGUAUUCCAAGGCUCGAACUGUGUGGAGCUGUUUUACUGGCCAAAUUGUUACAAGAAGUUGCAGAAGUUCUGCACGUACCAAAGGAUAAACUUCACGCUUGGACUGAUUCAACGGUUGUGCUAGCUUGGUUAAGUAGUCAUCCCAGUCGAUGGAAAACUUUCAUUGCAAACCGUGUUUCGGAGAUUUUAGACAUUUUAGACGCAAGUCAGUGGUCACAUGUUUCAUCUGCCGACAAUCCAGCAGAUUGUGCCUCUCGAGGAGUUACACCAUCAGCUUUACUAAACAUGGAAAUGUGGAGAACUGGUUCCCCCUGGCUACAAAAUAAAGUUAUCAAUUAUGAAAGAAAACCUAUACUAGACACUAAUUUAGAAGAAAAAGGCACGAAAGUUUACCACAUAGUAGAAGAGAUAGAAUUAAAGUUGUGGACAAAAUAUUCAUCAUUGAGAAAACUUUUACGAGUCCUAGCUUAUUGUAACAGAUUUAUCAAAAAGUUAAGGAAAUUAAGAAAUGAGUAUCCUACUUGGUUAACUAGCCGAGAAUUAAAUCAAGCUUUACUUACGUGUAUUAAACAGUGUCAAAGAAAAUAUUUUUCACAAGAAAUAAGCGAUUUAAAGUUGAAGGGAACAGUAAAUAAGAAGAGUAAACUUACCACAUUGAAUCCGUUUCUUGACAAAGAUGAUAUUUUGAGAGUUGGUGGUCGGCUUGACAGAGCUAACAUUAGUGACAACUUAAAGCAUCCGUUGAUAAUGCCAUCUAAAUCACAUCUUACCAAUCUCAUAAUCAUGGAGGCUCAUGAAAGAACACUGCAUGGUGGACCACAAUUAACGCUGAACUAUCUACGUUCCAAAUACUGGGUUAUUGACGCCAAAAAUCGUACAAAGAUGUUUGUUCGUAACUGUGUAACAUGCGCACGUCAUGCUGCACAAACUAGGACUCAGCUGAUGGGCCAAUUACCCCCGGUACGAGUUACACCAAUUCGUGCAUUUUACCAAAGUGGCGUAGACUACGCUGGUCCUAUCCAGAUUCGAACAACUAAGGGAAGAGGACAUAGAGCUCACAAAGGAUAUAUUUGUCUGUUCAUUUGUAUGGCUACGAAAGCUAUACAUCUCGAAGCCGUCAGUGAUCUCACGUCGCAAGGGUUUCUAGCCGCUUUCAAGCGCUUUGUUGCUCGACGUGGUCAUUGCGCAGAACUUUUCAGCGAUAAUGGGACAAAUUUUGUGGGAGCUGCACGGGAACUUAAGUUUUUGUUCGCUGCAGACACGUCAAACUUAACAAUGGAAAUUGUUAAGAGUUUGGCGGACAAUGGAACUGAAUGGCAUUUCAUCCCACCCCACGCUCCACACUUUGGCGGACUAUGGGAGAGUGGAAUAAGAGCUACAAAGCACCAUCUCAGACGCGUCAUAGGCAGCGCAACCCUAACCUACGAAGAGAUCACUACUUUGUUGCACCAGAUAGAAGCUUGUCUUAAUUCGAGACCCUUGUCUCAACUUAGUAGCGAUCCUCAGGAUCCGACUCCUCUUACUCCUGGACAUUUCUUAGUCGGCGAACCACUUCUGUUAGUACCCGAUAAGAAUUAUGAAAAUUCUUCCAUUUCAAAUCUCAAUCGUUGGCAAAUAAUUCAAAAAAUGCUUCAAGUGUUCUGGCGAAGGUGGUCACAUGAAUAUUUGACACAAUUCCUGCACCGUUAUAAGUGGGCUAACGUUACGCCAGAACCAAAAAUUGGUGAUGUAGCAUUAAUCAAGGAGGACGAUAUGCCUCCAGCGAGAUGGUUGUUGGGAGUAAUCACCGAAAAGCACACAGGUUUGGAUGGACUCACGAGAGUUGUUAGUUUGAAGGUCAGAAAUGUCAUAAUAAAGCGCCCAAUUAACAAAAUAUGUAUUUUACCUGUAACUGUCUGAAACAAUAUGGUGUUGAUGUUUAUCUUUGUUACAUGUAGUACGAACUUUUGUUAUUUUAACUUUAUUACCUAUACCAAGAGUUGUCUUUGAAUGUUUUAAAUAUACAAUUAAUAAAUACAAACGUGUAAUCUAGUGUGAGUAUAACAACUCCUAUCAUCUAUCUUAUCGUUAAGUUAAUAUAUUCGUUAGAAAUUUGAUCACAACUACUGCACUAAGCUUAUGUAUUUUUUAUUUUUCAUGGUUUGUUUUUAUUGUAUUAAGUUUUAGUUUAUGUUAGUUUUAGUUUUGACCACUAUGACUUAACCUCACAUUCUAUGCACCAUUCGCCUAAUACAGUCCACUUGUCUAACAAGUUAUUUCAUAGUGGGUAGGAGGAUGAACAUACUGUCCAUGGUGGGCGGCAUGUUCGAACGUAAUAUAGUAAAAUUGUGCGUUAGUUGUAAAGUUCACCAACGGAUGGCGCUAUGUGUUUCUGCAUCGCGCUAUCGUUGUGUCGGGGUUUUUAGUAUAAGGUUUUACAUGUUUUUGUAAAUAAAUGUCUUGGAUCUGGA